GUUACAUAAAUGGCACCUCCUUCACAUCAUGAAAGUGAAGGCAGACUUUUAUAACACAGCUAGGAAGUUUUCUGAGACUUAUAGCGAGUUUACACACAUGGGACCAUUUGCAAAAAUCCUGAUAGGGAGCAUUUCUGUAGCUUAUUUUGCUGUCAAAUGGACUGCGCCAAGUUUUGAUCCAGGAUCUCUAAAAGGUGCCAGGGUGCUGGUCACUGGGGCUAGCACAGGUAUUGGGGAACAAAUGGCAUAUAAUUAUGCCCAGUUUGGAGCCAGGAUUGUUAUUACGGCGAGGAGGGAGAACAUCUUACAGCAGGUAGCAGAGAAGUGCCUGAGUCUGGGAGCCCAGGAGGCUCUCUACAUAGCAGCAGACAUGGCAAGUGAGUCCGACCCAGACAAAGUGGUGGAUUUUGCUCUAGACAAACUGGGAGGUUUGGAUUACCUGGUUCUCAACCACAUUGGUUCCACUCCCUUCAGCAUGUGGAGCGGAGAGGUGGACCACGUCAGGUGGCUAAUGAAGGUUAAUUUCUUCAGCUACAUUCAGAUGGCCUGGAGAGCGUUACCCUCCCUCGAACAAAGUAAAGGAUCUUUGGUUAUUGUUUCAUCCCUUUUGGGUAAAAUGCCCGGUCCCUUCACAGCUCCAUACGCCUCCACAAAAUUUGCUCUAAAUGGUUUCUUUGGGUCUCUUAGUCAUGAACUGGCUAUGAAGAAGAGCAACGUGUCAGUCUCCAUAUGCACUCUGGGGCUGAUUGAUACUGAAUCUGCUAUGGAGAAAGUCAGGGGGGUCGUGAAUGUACCAGCCUAUCCAGCUGCAGAAGCUGCUCUGAACAUCAUCAAAGCAGGAGCAACACGACAGCUGGAGUUGUAUUACCCUUGGUUCACACAGAUUAUUACACUCUGCAAAGACUGGUUUCCUUCCUCAUCAAACUUUUUCAUCCAGAACUCCUACAACUACAAUCCAUGAUCAAUAUUUAUCUCCUCCAGUAACACAAACAUGGACCUGUUGAGCUCUAAACACCAAUACACAUAACAGUACAGUGGAUAGACCUGCUUUUAGCUAGGGAUGCAACGAUACCACAUUUUUCAAACCGAUACGAUACCGAUACUUGGAUCUGAAUACUCGCCGAUACCAAAUACCGAUACUUCUACCACACAAAAAAAUGCAAUGAUUUGGAACAUAAAUUUUUAUUUUCUUCUCUGCUUUCAACAAGAAAAGACUGUGAGGUAGAUAAAAAGUAAAAUAUAUGAAUAGAAAUCAUCACAAAACUAAAAUAUUAGGUGAACAGAAAUGACAAGUUACAGUGAAGCCAUUUUCAAGCAACUGCAUUGGUAUCGGUUCCUGGUAUCGGUUAACUUUUACCGAUACCAGUAUUGUAUCGGUGCGUCUCUACUUUUAGCUGAUAUGUUGUACCAUUGCCAGUUUUAGAUUUUAUAGAUUUAACCUAAUUUAGUGUCUCUUAUACUUUAUUGCAUAUAAGGAGCUGUAUUUUCCCUGGGGCCCAAAGUCCCUGGCUGUGUGUGGGUAGAUGUAUGGCUUUUUUGUUUGCUUGUUUUCCAAGUGGUGAGCAACAUUAGCUAAAUACCCACCGCUAUAGUUUUUGAUCCAUGCAAUCCGAAUUCACCAACAAUAAAUAUAAAACAAUCAAAUCAACUAAAUUUUAAAGUGCAAAACAUUCUUUAAAUGAGCAGUGAGGGCUGAGAUACAUUAUUUGGUGCAACAUAGUGUGCACCUGUUGGAUUUGGUCCCUCUGAAUAAACUUCGAGUCAAUAAAAGUGCUCUUUGAACUCC